UUCCCCUGACAAAUACAAAAUGGUUGAAAACUAAAGUUGGCAAACAAAGAAAGGCAGCGUAAUAUCGCGUUUUAUCGUGUAAAAAUAAUUUUAUUAAGUGAAAGUUAGUUAGUUUAGUGUAUAUAGUGUGUUUUGUGCACAAUGCUGGAUUUAGAAAUCAUCCCUGAGCGUUCCCUGGGCUGUGAUGCCUGGGAGUUCGUAUUAGGAAUGCACUUCUCUCAAGCUGUUGCGAUUAUUCAGAGUCAAGUGGGCACAAUCAGAGGAGUCCAAGUACUUUACAGCGAUCAGAAUCCGCUCGCUGUAGAUUUAGUUAUAAACAUGCCUCAAGACGGUAUACGGUUAAUAUUCGACCCGGUGGCGCAACGGCUGAAGAUUAUAGAAAUUUAUAAUAUGAAAUUAGUAAAGCUUAGGUAUAGCGGUUUGUGCUUCAACUCGCCGGAGAUAACGCCGUCCAUCGAGCAGGUGGAGCACUGCUUCGGCGCGACCCACCCGGGCCUGUACGACGGCCAGCGGCAUCUGUUCGCGCUCAACUUUCGGGGUCUCACCUUCUAUUUCCCCGUUGAUAGCAAAUUUGAGCCUGGAUACGCGCACGGUUUGGGUUCACUACAAUUCCCAAAUGGAGGGUCACCAGUCGUAUCAAGAACGACUAUAUAUUACGGAUCACAGCAUCAGUUGACGAGGUCAAGUAACGGUGGUCGCUGUUCAGCGCCGCUAGCGGACCUGCCUCUGUCGUGUUACCGCCACCAGCUGCAUCUGCGCCGCUGCGACGUGCUGCGUACCGCGACCAGCACGCUUGGCCUCCGCCUGCAUAUAUACACUGAAGGCAGCCGCGCGGGCGAAGCGCCGGCGGCGCGGCGGCGCGUGGUGCGCUUCGGCGACAGCUGCCAGGCGGUGUCGCGCGCGCUCGCGGCGCCGGCGCGCCUCUACUACAAGGCGGACGACAAGAUGCGCAUCCACCGGCCCACCGCGCGCCGCCGCCCCCCUCCCGCCUCCGACUACUUCUUCAACUACUUCACGCUGGGCCUGGACGUGCUAUUCGAUGCGCGCACGCACCAAGUGAAAAAGUUCGUGUUGCACACCAACUACCCGGGACACUAUAACUUCAACAUGUACCACCGCUGCGAGUUUGAGCUGAACGUGCAGCCGGAUAAGUGCGAGUCGAACACGCUGGUGGAGUCUUGCGGCGCGGUGUGCGUCACCGCGUACAGCAAGUGGGAGAGCGUGUCGCGCGCGCUGCGCGUGUGCGAGCGGCCCGUCGUGCUCAACCGCGCCUCCUCCACCAACACCACCAACCCCUUCGGCUCCACCUUCUGCUACGGCUACCAGGAUAUCAUAUUCGAGGUGAUGUCCAACAACUACAUAGCGUCGAUAACUCUGUACCAGCCAGAGGGCACUCGACCCCAGUACGCGGUCAGCUCUAUCGCGUGACACGACCAGGUAACACAAAGAAAUGGUAAAAAAUACAAAACCUGAAUGCCAGUUUGACAGUCAACAAGCGACACUCGCCAGUGUUGCUACUUCAAAAAAACUAAUUCCAUCGAACUUCUGGCAACAACAAUACAUAUCCCCGAACUAAACCAACCUAAGAGGAAACAGUAUUUA